UACACAGAGCUGCCGCGAGCAUCCGAGCGCACCGUCUCCACAGCAUGGCUCCCUGCUGCUGCCAAAGCAUCCCUGCGCUGGUGCUGCUGUCCCUGGCGAUAGUCGGGAUUCUGCUGGUGGUCCUUCCAGCUAGAGAGAUGGAGACACCACCUGAGAACAUGUAUGGAAUUGUUCUGGAUGCAGGCUCAUCACACACCGCCAUGUACAUCUUCACAUGGCCAGCUGACAAGCAAAAUGGCACUGGUAUUGUUACCCAGCACAGGGAGUGUUCUGUAAAAGGUGGAGGGAUAUCCAGCUAUGCAGGUGUUCCUGGUGGUGCAGCAGAAAGUCUGGAGGUCUGUCUAAAACAAGCUGUGAAGGAUAUCCCCAAAUCCAGGCACCACCAAACGUCACUCUAUCUAGGAGCUACUGCAGGCAUGCGACUGUUGAACAUAGUGAAUGCCACAGAGUCCCAGCGGUUACUGAAGGAAGUGGAGAACAAACUGCGGUCUUACCCUUUCAAAUUCAAAGAGGCAACCAUCCUGAGUGGACAGGAGGAGGGGGCAUAUGGCUGGGUCACAGUGAACUACUUACUUGAAAACUUUGUGAAGUGCGGUUUUGUUGGCCAAUGGCUGAAUCCAGGCAGACAGACAAUUGGAGCUUUGGAUUUAGGAGGAGCUUCCACACAGAUUUCUUUUGAGACCUCUGAGAAGGUGGAGGACAAGGAUAAUGUGAUGGAUCUGAAGCUUUAUGGACAAACCUACAGACUAUACACCCAGAGUUUCCUGUGCUAUGGCCAAGACCAGUUCCUGAAAAGACUGCUGGCUCUUCUUAUCACGACUGCAGGUGUGAAGCCCAAGGUGGCUCAUCCCUGCUACCCAAAACAGUUCAACAUGUCUAUCAAGCUGGGGACGGAUGUCUUUGAUUCUCCAUGUACCAAGAGCUUCAGACCGGCCCGGUUUGACCCCCAGAUGAGUGUAUCAGUAGUGGGCACAGGAGAUUACCAGAACUGCCUGGAAAACGUGAAAAAGUUGUUCUCCUUCGACAACUGCACUUACUCAAAGUGCUCCUUUAAUGGAGUCUUCCAACCCAACGUGAGAGGAAGCUUCAUGGCAUUCUCUGCCUUCUUCUUCACCCAUAACUACAUCAACCUCCUCACCAACAUCGCCAUCACGUCCCCCAGUCGACUGAAGGAGGCAAUUAGACUCAUCUGCAACAUGACCAUCUCUGAGAUGACUGAAAAGACAAAGCAGGAUGAGAAAUACAUGAAGAAUACCUGUGCCGUCUCCAAUUUUGUCCAAGUCCUCUUACUGCAGGGCUACAAGUUUGAUGAACGCUCCUUUCCCUCCAUCUCUUUCCAUAAAAAGGCAGGAGGAGCAUCUGUUGGCUGGGCUUUGGGGUGCAUGCUCACUCUGAGCAAUAUGGUUCCAGCAGAGAGACUAGGGCUGAUGAAGGCUCUGCCCCCAGGGCCCUGGGCUGGCAUUCUCUUCCUCUUCAUCACCCUCCUCCUCAUUGCGUUGGGAUACCUACUGUGGAUCUACAGAAACACCAGAUCAGAAGACAUGGUGUUAUAGCAAGGGUGACAUGCCUUCAUAUUCCCUUUAGAGAAUGCAUAUGUCUGUCCAAAAUUUUCCAUAUAUAUUUUUGUUUUUACGUGUCCACUGUGUGUAAGUAAAAUCAGCAAAGCGUUAAAGUGAGGCCUUCACUAUUUUCUUUGCUAAUCCACUAAACUUCCUUCUUUUUUUUUAUUGACUCACGUCAGUGUGUGUAACUGGAAACAACAGAAUAAACCAAGUUUUUUUGUAAUAGUUUCAGAUUCAAUAAAUAAAACCGCACCCACUCACACAUUCCACAUUAGAGCUGUGCGUUCCCUGUGUUCUCUUGGGGGACAGCUGUGGCUCACGGCUCAUCUUCCAAUGGGAAGAAAAGCAGUUCCAUAUCAGUGUAUAAAUGUGUGUGAGUGGGUGGAUGAAAUGUGUGACAGCAUUUCGAUGUGUCCAAAGACUAGAACAAAUAGUCCAUUUACCAGUUCUCCUUUUGUGACAGAUGCCUGAGUCAACGUUAGCAGACACAGUUGCGUAAAAAUUGUGUAAACAUAAAGUAACAAAACCCAAAUUUAUUUACAUUCUAAUGAGUUCUCAGCUGUGGUCGUAGCAAGCUAACUGUAGAGGCAAUUUUCUCCAAAAGAUGUUUUGGUUUAGUUAUUUAUUUUAAUCAGUUAAAUACAUCUGUCACCUUUAUGUCAUGUAUGGCUAGAGGUAUAACUAGGACUAGUUGGAUGCAGAUUAAUGUUUCUGGGCUCUCAAUUUUUAAUAUCUCAAACCAUCCACUGUGGCUGCCAGGACAUGUGUGCUGUUUUUUGAUCCUCAGCGGCAAAAUGGCUUACUGGUCACCAGUAAAGCAAUUAGGCUUCCAAAAGGUCCCCAGGUGCUUAAACAUAUUUAAAACCGCCAAACAACAAUCAAAUUGUCAUCAUUAUUAUUUCUAAACUCGUUAAUCAGUCAUAAACACAAAUACUCCUAAUGAGUGACACAUUCAACGUUCAGGAUUCAGCCAAUACAGCAAACCGAGCGCUGUGUAUCUCUCUCUCU